AUGCAUAAGCUGGUAUUCUGCUGUCUCAUUAUCAUCAGCUUCUCCUGUCCUCUCUUCUCUCUCCCUGUCAUCAAUGCCAGUGAGAUGUCCUAUCAACUCCCAGAUGAUGAAGAUUCGAGGCUAAAUUUGGAGCAGCUGGGCAGCUCAGAAAGUACCUUCCUGCCUCAGUUUCUGCAGGAGCUCUUGGGCACACUGGUUGAAGACAAUAAGGCAGGUCUUACCUCCAGCAGCUACAAUCCAAGGAAAGAUAUCAAAGAGACUUUCUAUGGAAAUCACCCACGAAUUGCUCUGCUGGGCCGCUUGCUGAUGAAGGACAGGAAGCAGUACAAGAAACGUGGCAACCUUUCUGAAUGCUUCUGGAAAUACUGUGUGUAA